UAACAACCCGUCACGAGAUUCGCCCGGUCAUGUAUAUUCGCAAUAGAGUGCACCGGGUGACCGAUCGUGACGGCAGCCUUUAUGCAAGCGGGCGAAUAUACAACUGAAUAUCGAGCUGCAAUGAAGGGGUGCACUCGAGAGGAACAUGCAAAACUGACCGGUGUUAUCAAAAGUACUCAUGCAAAACUUCGACAAGAUUUCAAAACUGAUGGGAAAUGGGAGCCUGUGUGGCAGGAACAUUUGAAGGAUGAGAAGAUGAGGCGAGAAUACUCAACUGCGAUGUACUCCCUUGCCACCGGACACUGGGAGAGGCCAGGGGCUCCAGAGAGUAGGAUCAUGUGGUGCAAAAACACUUGCUUGGAGUUUUUCUACAAUGACGGUUUGAAAAAAGCUCUGGCGAAGGAUGAGAGGAGAAGACUGUUCAUAGAAGAGGCUGCAAAGAGAAGUCGUGCUGAAAGAGGCGAAGGAUCCUCGUGCCACGUACAGUUUGAGGAAAAUUUCUCAAUCAACAAGCCUUUCUCAAGAAAGGAUAUUGACCCCAGUACCAUGUCAGCAUGUACACCGCUAUACCUGCUGGAUGUGGGAAGCUGCUAUAAUCCUUUCAAAGACUUCAGCGAGUUCUGCACUGUUGCAAUCGACAUCAGUCCAGCAAUGGAGAGCGUGCAUCAAUGCGACUUCGUCCACCUCGUCCCGUCGCCGCCGCUGCCCGAGUCGGUCGCCAUGGCGACGUACAUCGACGCGCUGCCGCCGACGAUUGCCACGCUCCCGCGCAACGCCUUCCACGUCGUCGUCUUCUCACUGCUGCUCGAGUACCUGCCGUCGCCCGCUCCCAGGUGGCGCUGCUGCGGCACGGCGCACGCGCUGCUGCGCGACGGGGGUCUGCUCGUCGUCGUCACGCCCGACUCGAAGCACGUGAACCGCAACGCGCCGCAGAUGCGGGCGUGGCGCGCCGCCGUCGAGUCGCUCGGCUUCCGCAGGUGGCGCUACGAGAAGCUCGCGCACCUGCACUGCAUGGCGUUCCGCAAGACCGGCGCCCAACGCGUCGUGCGGCCGGUGGCCUGUCGACGGAGGCUGCGCGGGAGUACUGUGGUAGAGCUUCGGGCGCCCGCGGGCAAGACCUUGUGGACA